AUGACAAACAUUUCUCUGCAAUCCACUCAUAAACUGCUUUCUGGCUAUGAUAUUCCCGUCGUUGGGCUUGGUGUUUAUCAAACGCCAUCCGAAGUUACCGAAAAUGUCACCCUCAAAGCUCUAGAGCUGGGAUACCGCCAUGUGGACUGUGCUAAGGUGUACGACAAUGAGAAGGAGAGUGCCUCGGCUAUCCGUAAUUCGGGACUUGACCGAUCACAGAUCUUCUAUACAAGCAAGAUCCCCCGGACAUGUAUGGGCUACGAAAAGGCCAAGCAGGCGAUAGAAGAAAGCCUCGCUUCCGCCAAUCUCGGCUAUAUUGACCUAAUGCUGGUUCACACGCCUUACGGCGGCAAAGAGGGUCGACUGGGGGCCUGGCGUGCUCUGGUUGAAGCUCAGAAAGCUGGCAAGAUUCGUUCCUUGGGCGUUUCAAACUAUGGCAUUCACCACCUGGAGGAGCUGGAAGCCUACAUCCAGAGUGGAGGUGGCGGAGAGAUCUCCGUGGGCCAAUAUGAGAUUCAUCCGUGGUGCCCGCGCGACGAUAUUGCCGGCUGGCUACAAAAGAGGAAUACUAUUGUUGAGGCGUACUCACCCCUUGUACAGGCGACGCGCAUGAAAGAGAGCGUUUUGCAGAAUCUGGCUCAGAAGCAUGGCAAAACACCUGCCCAAAUCUUGGUUCGGUGGAGCGUGCAGAAGGCAUAUGUGCCUCUUCCUAAGUCUGUUACUGAAUCGCGAAUGAAGGAAAAUGGAGAUGUAUUUGGUUUCGUGUUGUCAGAUGCAGACAUGGCUUCUCUGGAGCUGGAUUCAUAUGCACCUGUCUGCUGGGACCCGGCACGAGAGUGCAAGCUAUAG